CCGACUCGGACGCGUUAGCUCGCAACAAGGUACAGCACCGGGGGCAACAUGAAGAUCGUGUCAACGUUCCAUCCGCCAUCCUCAGUUAUCGACUGCGUGAAAUGCAAGUUGACCUCCGCACCGGACAUCGAGCAUCUCGUUGUAGCAAAGCCGGACAAGCUCGAGGUCUUCUCUCUUCAGCCGGAGGGCCUCCGUCUCGAAACGAGUACGGAGAUAUGGGGCAGGAUCUUGCGCAUCAGAGAGCUCCCUGUACAGGGCGAGAGACGGAGCAACUUGCUUGUCUUGACCGAUCACCCAGACCCGAAGCUGAUUGCUCUGGAACUUGAGGACGAAGGGGAUACGCCUCGACUCGUCGAGAUAAAGACAAGCUCGGGCACCAAGUCGAUCUCACUCCAUGACAAGAACUCCCGUCAGGCCGAAUUCCUAACAGACGUCUGGGUGCAUCCCAGCGGUUCCGUCAUACUCGUCAGCUGCUAUGCCGGGAGGCUUACAGUCGUACGCGUCAGAGAUGGCGUUCUGCAGCAAGAGUUCCCCGUCUCCCUCCAGGAGAUCAACUUACUUGCUCUAUGCUUCCUUCCGUCCCCUGUAGGAGAUGACGAAGAUCCUGAGACAGAGGUGAUCUCCAUCGGCAUCGUCUACCUCGACCAUCAGUCCCGCGUUCAGCUGCUCGCGCGCGAUUUAGAGGCGUUUGAAUUGUCCGUUCAGCCCUCUCCAGCACUCCCGCCGACACCCCUACCCAUAUCCGCAGAUGAUUUAAGUUUGAACGGGACCUCGCUUUCCCUCGUACCCAUUCCAACCACCCUCGCAGACAUCGACGCUAACUUCAGGGGCGGAGUGCUGGUGCUGGGCGGUCGCAAGGUUAUGCUGUUCGAGCUUGCGUCGGAAGAGCACCGAAAGAAGUGGAUGAAGAAGAACAAACAGACCAUGAAGCAGAAGAAGGAAGAGAGAUAUAAGGAGAAACUAAGAGAGAAGGAGCGCGAACGCGAAGGUCGCAGACGGAAAGCCCGCUCAACUGUGGAGUGGCCGUGGUCAGAGAUCACUGCAUGGUGUCCAGUAACACGUACAUGUCGCGGAUUGUUGAUCGGUGACGCGUACGGAAGAAUGUCCAUGCUGAGCAUCGAUCCAAUCAGGGGAAAUGGCCUCACGCUUCUACCUCUGGGAGAGACAUCACCACCGACGUCGAUUGCAUACCUCACUUCGCAAGUCUUCUAUCUAGGAUCCCACAUGGGUGAUUCGCAGCUCCUGCGCAUCAGUCCGACACCGCACUCGCUGAUCGACAAACCGACGUUGCCCAUCGACCCGCGGAUAUCGACCGUUUUGCCGUCACAGCUUUCUUCCUAUAAUGCAGGCGAGUCUGUCAAAGGGAAGGGGAAACGGAGAGCGGAUCUAGACAGCGACAUUGACGUGGAUCCGGAUGCCCAGAGCGGUCGGAAGGGCAAGGUCGUCCGGUCAGAUGGCUCGUACCUGGAGGUGCUGGCGACCUACCAAAAUCUUGCGCCGGUCACUGAUGCACUGCUCAUGAACGCUGACGGAAGCGGCCAGCCCCAAAUUGUAACGUGUUCGGGAGGGGCCAACGCGGGCAGCCUGAAGGUUGUUAGGAAGGGUGCCGACUUCAAGACGGCAGCUGUUGUGGAAAGUCUGCCUGGCACUGUUAGCGUAUGGCCCGUGCGUAAACGCUAUUACGACAAUACGGACUCGUACAUCGUUGCGUCAACUUUGCGGUGCACGCAAGUUCUUUUAUUGGAAGAACAUGACACUGUCAACCCCUUAGUAGCUGCGUCAACCGAUUUCGCCACUAGCGGGCCUACUAUUUCCGUCGCAAACAUUUUGCGGCGAAGGUUAGUAAACGGCAAAUCGGAAUACGAAGACUCCUCGCUGGUCGUUCAAGUUACACCUUCCAAAAUGAGACUACUCGAGCACGACAUGAUUGGCCCCGUGGAAUUUAGGCUCGUCGAUACUUGGAAACCUAGCGGGCCAGGACCCCAGGAGAUCGUCACAGCCAGCAUCAACCCAACUCAGAUCGCCCUCGGCUUGAGGGGUGGGAGGCUGUGCGUGUUUCGGUUGGCACCGAAUGAUCACUUCGAUCUGCGAUUCACUCAGCAUUUCUCCAACGAUAUCUCAGCGGUGUCGUGUCUACCCUUAAACCCGGGCAACCUGAUCUCAGCGUUCAUCGCCGUUGGAUUCUGGGGUUCUAAUAACGUUAUGAUCCUCUGCCAAAAAGGCAACAUUUUGGAGCUCGAAUUACAAACUGAUCCGCUCCCAGCCCUUCCCAGGUCUCUCCUGCUGUACAACUUUGGCACAAGCUUUGGAAAGAAGGAUCCUAAUUACCACGCUCACCUCUUGAUCGGACUUGCCGACGGUUCUUUGGUUUCGUACGCGUACGCGAGAAAAGAGCUCAAAGACAAGAAGGUCGUUCCUCUGGGUGCAUCCCCUGUCAGCCUCGUACCAUGCGAAGCGAACGGCAAGAAGGCUAUUUUCUGUUGCGGCACCAGGGCCGCUGUCGUCUAUUGGGACCGGGACCGGCUGCAAAAUGCCCCGGCACUGCUCAAAAACGUUGUUACCGCGUGCCCUCUGAAUUCCACCAGUUUCGAACAAUCCACUAUUCUUGUCACCGGUUCCGGCUUCACAAUCGGUCACUUCGGCAAUGUGGCGGGCCUACACGUUCGCUCGGUGCCUCUGGGCGUGGAUGUUCCCAAGAGGAUAACAUACAAUAACGAAUCCCACCUCUUAGGAGUGGCAUGUAUCCGGAAGGAACCACACAGGAUCGGGGAUGACGAAGGGACUAUUCGUAGCUCUUUCAGACUGCUGGAUGACACCAGUUUCGGAGAGCUUGACAGAUUCGAUCUUGAAGCAGAUGAGGAUAUCACCUCCGCUGUUGUGCUCUCUCUUGGGACGGCCGAAGCAUAUACUUCGCACUUUUGCAUAGGUACUGCGGACUUCACUAGUGAUGACCAGUUGGAAGUUAGCAAGGGCAGACUUGUGGUCUUCGACCCGUCCACAAAAGUGCUUUCUCCCGUGGCAACUCUUGAUGUAAACGGGUGUGUGUACGCUCUAGCCAGUAUACAAGGCCUGGUUGCGGCAGCCGUGAACAGCGCGGUCAUUGUCUAUCGAUUAGAAACCGACGGACCCACAUUCUCGAGCAAGCGACUAGUGCAACUUGCGAACUGGAAUCACAACUACUUCGUGACGAACCUCGUCACUCGUGGCAGCCGGAUUUUUGUUGGGGAUGCUAUCAGUUCGGUUUCGAUACUGGAGCUCACUGGACAAGCGCUGCAAACGGUCGCCAGGGACUACGGGCCUCUAUGGCCUGUCGCGAUCGAGUCGACGGGCCCGGAUAGCGUGAUUGGCGCGGAUGGAGAGUUUAACCUGUUCACAUUCAAGCUGUCGGAAGGCAAGCUUGAACGAGACGGAAGCUACCACCUCGGCGAGCAAGUCAACAAAUUUGUUCCCGGCGGGCUGCUUGCUGCAGACCCUGCUCAUACGACCCAGACCACUUGCAAACCGAUUCAAACACUCUUCACAUCUUCAGGCCGUAUUGCCAUCGUCAUUGACGUUUUGGACCCCGAAGUGUCACUACACCUCACCAACCUUCACAGAAACAUGUCGAAGGUUAUCACGGGCUUGACCGGUAUACAGAACGAAACCUGGCGAUCUCCUGCGACCAGUCGCGGUCGGACCGACGCCGAAACAUCGAGAGGAUUCCUCGACGGAGACUUCCUGGAGGCAUUCCUUGACGUACCACGAACAUCGCCAAGCCUCGCAGAGAUCCUUGAAGGCGAGAACGUAGCCGAGAGGUUGACUUUAGGGUAUGAGCGUUACCAUCAACUGUUGGAGUCUGUCCAAGCAUUGCAUUAGGAGGGCCUGCGCUUUAGGUUGUCCUGUGAACUUGUGUAUACUAGAGCCUCAAUCCUGUUGUAUAUCAUUCAAUGCAUUGUGCUUCGC